UUUAUGCUCUACAUUUUAAGCAGGUUUCAAAUAGGAAUCUGUACAAACAAAAUUUCAAUGAGAAGCUCUUCAAUUAGUUAAAAGUUUUUUUAAAAAAGUCCCAGAUAAUGAAUUCAUACCUGUUCUUAGUUAAAAGUUAAAACUAGCUCACUCCCUCGAAUAAUAACACUACUAUUUUUAAUUUCAAUUGACAUCUAAACUUCCUACAAUAGCUCUUCCGCAUGCAUAUAUAUAAAGCUACACCUCUUCCUCACUGCACAGCAAUUAAACAUGGCUGGUGAAAGCAUAGGAGAAGAGCAAGAAGCUCUCUUCCACUACUCCGCCUCGCCGUGCGCGGCCGUCUACUACGUGCAGAGCCCCUCCACCACCUCCCACGCCAACAGCACCCACCCCCCCUCCGACAACAACUCCGCCUUCCUCUCCCCCUUCCCCGCCCCCGACGACGUCGCCGUCACCACCUUUGUCAGCCACCACCACCGCCACCGCGACGAGGCGGCCGACGCCUCCCACCGCCUCGCCCUCUCCCGCUACUCCUCCUCCCGCGGCUCCAACAAUUCCUUCCUCCACGAGAAGAAGGUAGCAUACGGCGGCCGCGGCGGGAGCGCAGAUGGUCAGUUUGGGAGCGGCGGCGGAGGUGGCCGACAGGUGCUAAGGAUUGUGACCGGCCGGCAAGAGGAGGAGGAGGAGGAGGAGGAGGAGGAGGAUGGUGGUGGGAGGAGGAGUGGGGUCUGGAGGUUCUUGGCAUUGGAUCCUACUGCGCCUUGUGUCUGCAUCCUAUUUCAAGUGAUGUGGAAGCUUGCAAUGAGCGCCGCGUUCGGACUGCUUGUGUUCUUCUUGGCUACCAAGCCUAAGCCACCCAAAGUUUCCUUCAAGGUAGGCAAAAUGGAGCAGUUUAAUCUUGGAGAAGGGGUGGACAACACAGGCGUUAUAACUAAAAUUCUCACUUGCAAUUGUUCCAUCAACAUGGAGAUCGAAAAUUACUCGAAGGUCUUCGGAUUGCAUGUUCAUCCCCCAACGUUGGAAAUGGCUUUUGGGCGCCUCAGAUUUGCAACUUCACAGGGUGAGGAAUCGUACGUUGCGGCUGUAACUUCCUUGACCUUAAAUCUCUCUGUGGCUGUGAAAAACAAACCGAUGUAUGGCGCUGGCUGGAGUAUGCAGGACAUGCUCGAUUCGGGACGGGGUUUGCUUCUGUUAGUUCGAGUUCAAUCGAGGUCGAGUUACCGAGCCGUUUGGAACUUGAUCAGGUUGAGGUAUCAUCACCAUGCAGAGUGUUUCCUCUUCCUGCGUAGCGUAUAUCAUACCCAAAUCUACAAUAGCACUUGCAACUACUGAUGCUCACUUAUAUACAACCAUGCAAAUGUGUAAAUAAUUGUGUGCAUUUAAUUUCUCUUGUAUGGCGAAUGGGCUAGAUCAUAUUACAAGGUGUGUGCAUGAAUGUAUUGCGAUUGAUGACUU